UAAAGCCUCCCAGAGAGCGUGAAACAAAGCAGUCGGAUCGGAAUUGGACUUGGAAGGCGCAGCGUGGAGUCGGGCAUAAAACUUGUUGGAGGGGAGUAACGAGUCUCGUUCUCCCCCUCAUCCACGCUGUGCUACAGGGGGCUCUCCCAACAGCCUUACGAUUUAUUUUUGUAUCUGCGUUUUUUAAAAAAUAUAUAUAGAGAAAGAUAAAUAUAUAAAAUAUAUUUUCUUCUUACGAGAAAAUUCCUUUUCCAAGAGAAAAUAAGGCAACAUCAAUGAAGGAGAGAAGAGCCAGCCAGAAACUAUCCAGUAAAUCUAUCAUGGAUCCUAAUCAGAACGUGAAAUGCAAGAUAGUGGUGGUGGGAGACAGCCAGUGUGGGAAAACAGCGCUGCUCCACGUCUUCGCCAAGGAUUGCUUCCCCGAGAAUUACGUCCCUACAGUGUUUGAGAAUUACACGGCCAGUUUUGAAAUCGACACACAAAGAAUAGAGUUGAGCCUAUGGGACACUUCGGGGUCUCCGUACUAUGACAAUGUCCGCCCGCUCUCUUACCCAGACUCUGAUGCCGUGUUGAUUUGCUUUGAUAUCAGUAGACCAGAGACUCUGGACAGUGUUCUAAAAAAGUGGAAAGGUGAAAUCCAGGAGUUUUGCCCCAAUACCAAAAUGCUCUUGGUCGGCUGCAAGUCUGAUCUUCGGACAGAUGUUAGUACAUUAGUAGAGCUCUCAAAUCACAGGCAGACUCCAGUGUCCUAUGACCAGGGGGCAAAUAUGGCCAAACAGAUUGGAGCAGCUACUUACAUUGAAUGCUCAGCUUUACAGUCAGAAAAUAGCGUCAGAGACAUUUUUCACGUUGCUACCUUGGCAUGUGUAAAUAAGACAAAUAAAAACGUUAAGCGGAACAAAUCCCAGAGGGCCACAAAGCGGAUUUCACACAUGCCUAGCAGACCAGAACUCUCAGCAGUUGCUACGGACUUACGAAAGGACAAAGCAAAGAGCUGCAGUGUGAUGUGAAACUUUUCCUGAUCUUGAAUGAGGACAAGAGAAUCUAGUGUAAAAAAAAGAAAGAGAGAAAAGGAGCAAAACAAGUGAAAUCUGAGUGAAGUGCACAGCCAAAGUCACAUAUAUCGCAGGCCCCUGAAGGGAUAACUGUGUUUUUGGAAUCCCGUCCUUGGCACGUAGAUCGAGUGGUGAGAAGUGAAUAUAUUGAAGAGUUUUGACGUGUGACUUGAAAGAUAUGCCAAAAAAAAGAGAUACAGAUGGGCUAAAGAUAGAUGAGGAGGAAUGCGAGUACUUCCAAGAAGAAAAAAAUCACACUCUGAAUGGUGCUUGCUUAUUUUUUGUUAUUGUUGUUUCCUUACAAUUUGUUCGUGAAUCUCUACUUUGAUUUUAACUUUUCAAUGUUUUAGUUGCCUUUACAAAAAGUAUAUAUUAAUAUACCAUCCUCAUUGGGGAACUGGCACUGUGACCUUAGUGUUUAGGUUUUUUUUUUUUUCCUAAGAGGAUGUGAUCUAAUUUCCUCCUAGCUCAUCAUUAAAAUGGAAAUUGUAUCAGGACCUAUGGGAUUCCAGAGGAAAACUUCAUGAGGCUUUGAAAUCUUGCCUUCCUGAAGAUUGCUACUGAGCAAGAUAGUUUUAAAAGAAAGGCUUUUGAGUCCUUGCAAGAUGUGUAGACCAGCACUACAAAGAUCGCCUAGAUCAAAUAGGAAAAAAAAAUGGUGUUGUUUUUUAUUCUGUCUGAUGGUUCUGUUCCUCAAUGUGAUCGUCAUUAACAAGUGGUAUAUUGCUCAAUGUAAUAUUUUUGUGCACUGUUUAGAGAAGAGGGUUGUGAUUUUAGGUUUUUUUUUGCCAUCGUUGAUAAAAAUGCAAAGUCAAAUAAAAAGUGUCUUGCUUUGGUGUCAUAGAAUGAUUCCAGGAGGAAAAAUAUAGGUACUAUUUUCACCAAGAGAGGUAAUAAAAGAAGAAAUAGUAGCAGAAAGCUCAGUUUGUAAGUAAAGCUGUCUGGAAGGUAGUUACCAAAUAUACAAAGCAAAAGGACUGUUCUUUUGGGAUGAGGCUCCAAAAUUGGCAGCAUCUAAUGAUCUGUUGGCUCGGUUCACUUUCUUUAAUUAAACAUCCAUGUGCAAAGGAUACACUUAUCCAAGCUUUGGAGAAUCCCUAGUGGAAAAUUACAUGUCAAUCCUGACAUCACACUGGGGUACUUCGAGAGUGACUGCUAAACCUCACUUACCCAGAUUCCCAAGCCAUGUUCAAAACUUAAUGCUUAUUGUGACAGUAGAAUCAUCAGCAUUUAAAAUGGUUUACAGUUAUAUAUUAUUUUUUGGACCAGCUCAUUUUAGAGAUGCUUUCAAAAAAGAAACCAGGAAUGAUCUGUUUAUUGUUGGGGCUUGUUGAAAACGAGCUUUCUUUCCCAUGAUAAUGCUUCAUUUUUGAAGUGUUGAAGCUGUGCUCCCAUGAAAUUAUGGCAGGAGAAGGGGUAAAGGUAGUUACAACACUCAAUUCUGUGUCUAACAAGCACUUUGUUUUGUCUCUGCAAGAAGAAUACCAUUCCAGGCAUUUCCCACAAAAUACAGAACUUUUUACCAACAUAAUAUGCUUUGAUUGACACAGCAUUAUGCUUGGGGCAGUAUUACAAAAUAGCUGGCAAGUGCUUUCUGUAUUUAAAUAUUGUAAAAAGAAAAUAAGUUAUAACUGUUAUAAAGCAGAACUUUUGUUGCAUUUUUUUUAAUGUUGAAGUCACUUUGUAUGUUUGUUUGGUCAAUGUUUCUGCAGUAUUUAUUAAAACAUACUUUUUUUUUCCUUCAAAUAAAAAAGUAACCAUGUCUGUCUAAA